AUGGCUAGAAGAUCGUUACGUUCCAGCACCGCGGAAUCCUCCAUGGUUGUUGAAGAUCCUGUUGAUGUCCAAGAGGAGGAUGCAGAGUACCAUGAGUAUGAAGAUGAAGAGGACCAGGAUCGUGGAGACGAGGAGGAAGAGGAAGAGGAAGAAGGUGAAGAGGAGGAGGAAGAUGACGAAGAUGAUGACGACGAUGACGAUGAAAGUAAAGCGGAUGACGGCUCUAAGCCAGCAAAGAAAAGAGGCAGACCUCCUAAGAGACCACCUAUUGAGGACGGUGGACUGAGCGAUUUCAAGCGGAUUCGAUUUGAAGAGCCGAAAAUCAAAGGAAGAAGAGGCAGAAAGCCUGCUAUUGCGCCAGAGGGCUCACUGGUAACUGAAUCUGGCCGUGUGCUUACAGUUGUUGAUGACGAGUACGACUUGAGCGAGGACGAGGAAGGUGAGCAGAAGAUCGAUAAGAAUGGUGCGCUACUCGGGAAUCGUGAAUAUAGGGUCAGAACGUUUAAAGUGAAAGGUAAAGGUGAUCGUCUUUAUAUGCUUUCUACUGAACCAGCGAGAUGCAUGGGGUUUAGAGACUCGUAUCUGCUUUUCCAAAAGCACAGACUGUUGUACAAGGUUGUGCUCGAUCAAGAUGAGAAAUAUGAUUUGAUCGAUCGUGAAAUCAUCCCCCACUCGUAUAAAGGACGUGUUAUUGGACUCGUUACGGCACGUUCUGUGUUUAGAGAAUUUGGUGCAAAAAUCGUCGUUGGGGGUAAAUGGAUCACGGACGACUACUACGCAACGAAGCUACGCGAAUUAGGACGUGUCCAUGAAGGUGAUAUCGCAGAUCCUGCCGAUAUACUUCCCAUCCAGGGCACCGAAUACAACAGAAACCAAUUCGUCGCGUGGCACGGUGCGUCGCAGGUGUACCACCAACCUUCUUUCGUGAGUACGCCACAGGCCUCGUACGAAACCGUUGAACUCGCCACAGUGAAGGCCCUCAAACAAACGGGAAGCAUGGAUGAAGAGAACUGGAUGUUCCAACACGCCUUGAGCGUUCGUGAAUUUGAGAACGCACUGACCCAAGGUCGGAUGAUCAUUCAAAGAGGGUUGAGAGACUCGUAUACCGGGAUAACGUUCGUCCCAGGAGAGACACAAGCAGCACAUGUCCAAUUCGUCAAAGAGGAGGACGACAACGAUGUCAACAGCAAGAAGAAACUCGUAUAUGAGACAAAGAUGCAAGUCAAAGGGUUCACAAGAAAAACGGGACUCUGCGAUGUGCCAUUGGAAUUGUUUGAGGACUGCGUUGAUGAAGAAACCAAGAAUGCUAUACUUAAACAACAAGAGUACGAGAGGUUCUGUGUAUAGGUAUAUUUUCUCCAAUACUACCAGGAUAAUAAACC